AUGGGCCUCAUAUCCUUCUCGUUGAAUGAGGUGCCAAUUCGGAACUGGCAGUUCAUAGUCAUUUCGACUACUGCCCUAGCAGCAUUUUACGUCCUCAUCUUUUGCCCCCUCCGUAACAUAUUCUUCCAUCCGCUCAAGAAAUAUCCCGGCCCUAAACUCUUCGCGGCGUCCUCCAUCACUUAUGGAUUGUAUUACAUAACAGGGAAAUGGCACCUCAAGAUCCGCAAGCUACACAACGAGUACGGACCUACAGUGCGCAUCGGCCCUAAUGAGCUCUCGUAUGCGUGCCCAGAAGCCUGGGAAGACGUAUAUGGGCGCUAUGUCCCCGCAAAAAGGAGAGAAAACCCCAAGCCGGACUGGUAUUGCAGUCCAGAUGCGCACGACAUGGUGGGGGCUACCCUGGGAGAUCAUGGUCGCAUGCGCCGCGUCAUGGCAUCGGGUUUCACGUACAGUGCCAUGUGCAAGCAGGAACCGCUCAUAAAAGUCCACGUGGACAUGUUUCUGUCCAAACUUCACGGGUUAUGCGAUGAUGGACGGGCGACGGUAAACAUGUUGCAAUGGUUUACCUACUGCACUUUCGACCUGAUUGGCGACCUGGCGUUUGGAGAGCCGUUUGGCUGCAUGGAGAACUGUAUGCUACAUCCGUGGCUGCAGCUUGUGUUUGCCAACAUCUAUGUUACACAUAUCCUCAUGCUGUGUAAGCGUAUGCCGAUAUUUUGCGUGUUUCUGCCAAUCAAGACAACGGUUCAGCUCAUCCGCGAUUUCAAGAGACAUGUCGUCCUUUUGCGACAAGUUGUUGAACGCAGGCUGUCCUUGUCAACUCCGAGAGACGAUUUCAUGGAGAUCAUGAACAACAAACAGAGUAGUACUCUGUAUAUGACCAAGGAGGAGAUCUUCAAAAAUGCGAUACUGCUGACGGGUGGUGGCGCGGAGACGACGAGUAGUAGUUUGACGGGGAUGGCAUUUAUCUUGACAACGAGGCCCGAUGUCAAAGAGAAGAUCGUGGACGAACUGCGUAGGACAUUCCCAACCGAAGACGACAUCAAUAUGCGGAGUGUAGCACAGUUGACGUACAUGGGCGCGUUCAUCGAAGAGGCAAUGAGGUAUUAUCCUCCAGGCCCGAACACCAUGUGGCGUACAACACCACCUGAGGGGAACACCAUUUUGGGCGAUUACAUUCCUGGAAAUACUGUCCUCGGCAUCCCGCACCGGGUCCUCUACCGCAGCGAAGCUUACUGGAAGCAUGCUGAUGAAAUUCAUCCUGAGCGUUGGUUCCCGGAUGGGCAGCGCCCCGCUGAGUUUGACAGUGACCGGAGGGAUGGCUUCCACCCUUUUUCCUACGGUCCCCGUGCUUGUAUCGCCAUGAACCUGGCCUACGCAGAGAUGCGGUAUAUUCUCGCAAGGUUCUUGUGGAACUUUGAUAUUGAGGGGACAAACGAAAGCGAGAAGUGGAUGGAUGACCAGAAGGCAUAUUUGGUGUGGGACAAACCGGGAUUGUUUGUGCAUCUGAAACCGAGGGUUGGGUGA